GCCUGAACUUAUUGCUGCCAUGGUCCAUCGACCCCGUGUGGUCCUGUAUGAUGCAACGAAUGGGGAUCACACGGCUUCUGGCUAUGUGGACCCUAUCUCGCCUACUGAGAGCGAGGGCGAGGAGGUUUACAACCCCAUCACAGGCAUGUUCGAGCGCGUGGGGUUGUCGCGAUACUCCAAGUCAGGAUUCCGUAACCAGAUAAACCAGUAUGCUUUCCAAACGACACCUCCACAGCCCGAGGUUAUCUACCCAGAUCGUGUCCGCAGAUGCGCGUUCUUGCGGGAACCAACGACACAGAUUAUGCUAGGUGCCAUUGCUGGUCUGCUACUGGGUAUGAUUCUAGCCAACCUGGACGUCUCGGACAAUGUCGGCACUCUCGUAAAUUUGCCGGGAAAAGUGUUUCUCCAGGUCCUCAAGUGCUUCGUGAUCCCCAUGGUAUUCACAAGUUUGUCCACAACUGUUGCUGACAUCGUACUGCUCGGAAAAGUAUCAAUCGUCGGUACUCGCACAGCUUUGAUAUUCACGGGCUUGUCUUUCACAGGAUCGGCGCUGUCACUCUCGAUCUCAAUGCUUUUGCGUGAUCUUGUGCCACACACGAAGGGCGUAGUCGCGGAGACUUCAUCGGCUUUCUUCAGUAUUUUGUGCGAGAAUGGUAAUUUCUUCACGUACAACUACACAGGCGCAGCCUUGUGUUCUGCGACUUCGCAGGACGGCACGACGCGGUUCGAGUUUUUCGACCCCACGAGGGUCCUUCUGAAUGAUGGCACAGCUAGUACCGCAGCUACCGUGUCGAUGCAAAUCACGGAUAUCCUGAACCAGCUCGUUCCGUCCAAUAUUUUCUCGAGUUUUGAGCAAGAUCUGAUACUGAGUGUAACCACGUUCGCCAUCGCCUUCGGAGCUGCUGCAGUCAAAACUAGUUCUCGCGAGAGCAGCCCCUUACUUGACGUACUCAAGCAAAUGAACAAGGUGUUCUUUCGAGUGAUUAGUAAGGCAAUCGACUGGAGCCCGCUUGCCGUGAUGUCACUCGUGGCCGGCUCGUUAUCAGGACAAGAAAUGCUGGGCGAAGCUGCACGACACGUGGGUAUACUUGUGCUGUGCACGGUCCUCUCGAUACAGCGAUGUUUGCACUGGGUUCAUCGUCAUCACUCGUGA